GUGCUGGGGUAGCCUGUUCCUGAAGGGUUACCCCCUGCUGAAGGGAAGUACACUGAAGCAGUUCAUGAAGAACUGCGGCACAUGGGAAGGACUCGUGGAAAAGUCCAUGGAAGACUGUCUGCUAUGGGAGGGACCACACUGGAGAUGGGAGGAGUGUAAGGAGUCCUCCCCCAGAGAGGAAGGAGCUGCAGAGACAGCAUGAGAUGAACUGAUGUCAACCCUCAUUCCCUAUCCCCCUGUGAUGCUCAGGUGAACAUGAUUUCAAAGAGCAGGCAUCAGUCUCGGAGAAGCUACGCAUCAUUGCUGUGCUUCGUGUUAGCUGAGAUGGUGAUCAUGGCAGGGACCGUGAUGCUGGCUUACUACUUCGAGUACACGGACACCUUCGCCGUCAACGUGCAAGGCUUCUUCUGCUACGACGGCGCGUACCGGAAGCCCUACCCGGGCCCGGAGGACCGCAGCGCCGUGCCCCCGGUGCUGCUCUACUCGCUCACCGCAGGCGUGCCCGUGCUGGUGAUUAUCGUUGGAGAAACUGCAGUGUUUUGUCUACAGUUAGCUACAAAGGAUUUUGAAAACCAAGAGAAAACAAUAUUAACUGGAGACUGUUGUUAUAUAAAUCCACUGGUGCGCAGGACCAUCAGAUUCCUUGGAAUUUACGCAUUUGGACUGUUUGCUACGGACAUCUUUGUAAAUGCUGGACAAGUAGUAACAGGGAAUCUUGCACCACAUUUUCUUGCACUUUGUAAACCCAACUAUACAGCACUUGGAUGUAAACAGUAUACACAGUUCAUCAGUAGCGUACAUGCCUGUACUGGAAAUCCAGACCUUAUCAUGAAAGCCAGAAAGACAUUCCCAUCCAAAGAAGCAGCACUAAGCGUAUAUGCAGCUAUGUAUCUGGCUAUGUAUAUCACCAACACAGUAAAAGCCAGAGGAACAAGGCUUGCAAAACCUGUUCUGUGUUUGGGCUUGAUGUGCAUGGCUUUCCUUACUGGAAUCAACAGAGUAGCAGAGUAUCGAAAUCACUGGUCAGAUGUAAUAGCAGGAUUUGUUAUCGGAAUAUCUAUAGCAGUAUUUUUGGUUGUUUGUGUGGUAAAUAACUUCAGAGGACGUCAGCCAGAACAUGAACAUUCUCAUAUGGAUAAUCUGGCCCAGAUGCCCACGAUCAGCAUACCCCGAGUAGAAAGCCCUUUAGAAAAGAACCACAUCACGGCCUUUGCAGAAGUUACAUGAUGUUGAUGCUGAGGUCUAUUCCCUCCAUUGGACUUCAUCUCUUUUCACAGCCCACCCACGAUAAUUGCGGUGUUACCCAAAACCAGAAGUUUUUAGAAGUCCUGUCUCUGACUUGGUUUCUCCAUUAUUCAAACAAUACCGGCAUCUCGAAGAGGUCUGAAAUCUCAGAGCGUCAUUUUACUUCCUAGCAAAAAGAUGAACUGUUUACUUUGGGAUGGGACAACCUGAGCACUAAUUCUCUUUUGGCUUCUCAUUGUUUUUAAUGUACCUAUUCCAGCAGCACUUCAUGUUUUGGUUUGACUUUGGUUUUUCAACUCUACAUUUUUAAUUCAGCAUGAACUUGUUUCCAUUUGAGGCGAUUUCAGUGUAUAAACUAGACAGAUAUUAUGUUCUGUAUGAAAAUGCUGUUUGCACAUUGUAUUCCACUGUAUUCCAUGUAAGAUAUCAUUCCAACAGUAUGUUAUAUGUAAGACUGGUGCUUCUGCUUUUGAAGAAAAAAAGAAAAAUUGCCAAUUUUUACUGUAGUAAGUAUUGUAUCAUAAUUAAAAGUUUAUUUAUUUGGAUAUUUUCCUGACAUAAUUGUAGUUGAAUUGUUGUUUUGUAGUUCUUGAAUGUCUUGGGUGGUAUAUAUGUAUCUAGGUUAAAAGAAAUGACAAUAAUAUAGGAAGUUUGAUCAUUGAUAUCUAUUUUAUUACUAAUUCUAGCCCAUGAAAGGUUAAGGGCUCCAUUCUUAGCUCAGCGUAUCUGACGGGAUAAAAAAUUUCAACAAACGAUCAAGGAAGGCUGCAUCUUCUCGUAUCUGUUGUACACCCUGAUACUGUGCUGGGAUAAUGGGUAUUAAGAUGAGUGUCACUGGCUUAGUGAGAAGCAUGCAGAUGAGUUUCUGUUCUCCAUUUUCCUGUUGGAGAAGUCAUGGAAAAACCAAACUGGCUUCGUUCAUUUCCUUCAGCCUCAGUGGCCAGGACAGGCAGAUUUUCUCUCUAUAAAUCUUUCUAUCUCUGUUUGUGUUUCAGGGCCAGAUUCUUGCAAAACCAUCCUGUCGGUCUGUGCAAUUGGUUUUUCUUCCAAUUCAGGCAAUGCUGUUAGAUCUCUGUUCUGGUUGUGAAUAAGCAAAUUGAGCCUUCCCUCCAAAAGACAGCCUUGCUUGACUAUUCAUAGUGAAGUUGUCCUAGAAAACUGGAGCACCAAAUGGAUCUGAAUAUUGUAGAUGCUGAAGAUGCUCUCAACAUCUUCCAGGAAGUUUUCCAACAGCUGGUACAGUGCGGGCACUUGGAGACACAUUGAGAACAGGAAUGUUCAGUGCAGGCUCUUGGGUAUUCUAGGCCUUAAAUUUUCCAUAAGGCAGUGUAUUUCCUGGGCAUUCCUUAUUGUUAGAAGAUGUUUGCAGCAUAAGGCUGUAGAAUCAGGUAUAGAUUUUUUUAUGAUGGAUUUUAAUGCGUUCCCACAUAGUCAUCCAGGUAAGACUUGCUUUUUGAAUUCUUCUUUGAACCUCUGCUUUCAUGAAAAUGCAGCUACCUAAAUAGUGCUUGGCAAACAGAGCAAGGCCAAGUCACCUUUGAGUGCAAUAGAGCGUUAUCUCACAAAGUCAUUGUGCUGAGCUGAGAAUUAGAGAAGGAAGGAGCACAUCAGUGGUGAGAAAAGUCCUAGAAUAGAGCCCUUAGCUACAACAGUGUUACUUAGGUGAUUGAGACCCUACCUUUAUUAGACUAUCAACUGUGUUUACACAAUUGUAGUAGGUCCAAAGUUUGUAGCACCACGUUAGGCGCACUUACCCUUCUCUUAGUCUAGCUAUUUAGGGUCCAAGGUACUAAUGAUUUCUCCAUGUGCAGAUUUAAAUGAAAUCUUCACUCAUUUUUGCAUGGUAGUAAACCUGCAUUUUUUUAGAUCUGAUUUAUAAGAUUACCAAGAGAUUCUUUUAUGUUAAAAGAGAUGACUCUUUUUUCAGUGUACUGUAUAUCAUCAGCUUGUAACUGGUCUCUUUCUCAGGAUCUUUCCCAGUCAAAUAUUUGGGUUCAAUUUAUCAUAUGAUCUCUGUGAACCAGCAGUGAGAAAACAAAAUGAGAGACACUCUGCUGUAUAAUGUAUUUUUAAAUAAAAUAAUUUUUCAUUCCUA